AUUUCUUUUGCCCCAAGCCUUCUCCAUUUUUGCGAAGUCCCCAACUCCCAAGCCUGCCUCUCUCUCUCUGAACUUCGCCUGUUUAGUUCAUCGAUCAGUCCUGCACUCUUCGGCUUUUCACUUCCGUCCAUUGCUAUUUAAAGAUGUCUAAGGUAGCAGUAGAUAUUCCUCCAAAGGGUGGAUUCAGUUUCGAUUUGUGUAGGAGGAAUGAAAUGCUAACGAAGAAAGGUGCUCAGAGUCCGUCGUUUCUCAAGACUGGGACUACCAUUGUCGGUCUCAUUUUCCAGGAUGGUGUAAUUCUUGGAGCAGAUACACGAGCCACUGAGGGCCCCAUUGUUGCUGAUAAGAAUUGCGAGAAAAUUCAUUAUAUGGCACCAAAUAUAUAUUGCUGUGGAGCUGGAACUGCAGCUGAUACAGAAGCGGUGACUGACAUGGUCAGUUCCCAGCUGCAGCUACACCGCUAUCACACUGGUCGUGAAUCAAGAGUCGUGACAGCUCUUACAAUGCUGAAAUCACAUCUUUUUAACUACCAAGGUCAUGUGCAAGCUGCUUUGGUGCUUGGUGGAGUUGAUGUCACGGGCCCACAUUUGCACACUGUGAGUUAUUUGCUUACAGACAUCUCUUGUUCCGUUUUCUCUCAGAAAGUGCUGACCGUUGUUGUUAAAUGGAUAUCACAGAUCUACCCUCAUGGAUCUACGGACACUCUUCCAUUUGCUACGAUGGGAUCUGGUUCCCUCGCUGCGAUGGCCAUCUUUGAAUCAAAAUACCAUGAAGGGCUGAGUAGAGAUGAAGGAAUAAAGCUCGUUGCCGAGGCUAUCUGCUCAGGCAUAUUUAAUGACUUGGGAAGUGGAAGCAAUGUGGAUAUUUGUGUGAUAACUAAGGGGCACAAGGAUUACCUGAGAAACCACAUGUUGCCAAAUCCUCGCACUUAUGUCAGUUCACAAGGUUAUACAUUUCCUAAGAAGACAGAGGUUCUGCUGACAAAGAUUACACCUUUGAGAGAGAUGGUGGAAGUAACUGAAGGCGGAGAUGCGAUGGAAGAAUGA